AUGGUCCGAUCCCGUAUAGAACUUUGGCACAACAGCGACAUCCGUCAACCAGAACCUUUUGCUGACGAUGAUGUGGUUUCAUUACUGUACAUUCCACUGGGUGACAUCCCUGUUCAUUCCACUGUAGGCCGUCCAUACAGAAAGCUUCAACUUCUUCUUUUCCGUAGCUUGAUGUUGGAGUGUGUGAAGAUAGUUAAACCUAGCAUUGAACCACAUCUUCUCAUCCGCCGACGUCCGAUUCGGGUCAUGUCUAAUCGCAAUUUUCGUCAAAUUUACUUCUACGAGUUCAAACUAAGCCGGACUGCCGCUCAAACCGCUCGAAAUGUCAACGAAGUAUGGGGCCAGGGAAGUAUCAACGAAUGCAUAGUCAACGACAUCCUAGUCUAUCACUGGGGUUAUGAAUACAAGAAAGAAGAAUUCUGCGAGUUGUGCCGUUUGACUUAUACAGACGCUUCCUCAGAAACCAAAGGUCGAAAGAAAGAAGACGUCAGAAGCGAUCGUACGUGUUCCGUUUGUCAUGUGGAUGAAGUGAGCACACCGCUUGAAGUCUGA